UGAGAAGAGAUGGCGGGGAAUGCGGAGCAGCUGGAGCUCCCUCUCAUCGAUCUCUCCUCCCCCGAUCGCGCAUGCUCCGCCAAAUCGAUUCGCAAGGCAUGCGUGGAUCAUGGUUUCUUCUACCUUGUGAAUCAUGGAAUCGAGGAGUCGGUUCUCCAGCUGGUGUUUCAGGACAGCAAGAAGUUCUUCUCGUUGCCUCUUGAUGAGAAGAGGAAGCUUGAAUAUAAGGAUCACAGAGGAUAUACCCCAAUGUUUGCUGAAACCCUCGAUCCUUCAUCCAAAAUCAAAGGGGAUUUGAAAGAGGGAUUUUAUAUUGGUCCUGCUAAAUUGAGUGAUUCACAAGUGGAUGCAAAUCAGUGGCCUUCAGAUGAUGUUUUGCCAUGUUGGAGAGCCACGAUGGAAUCUUAUUAUGAAAAAAUGCUGUAAGUUCUAUUGUUUUGGAAAACCUUUUUGUUUCAAAAUAUGUUCCAUUUUGUUUUAUUCCAAUUUGCUACUUGACAUGCGAUGUUGGCAUGUUUGGUUUAUAUGGCAGCAUUAUGUGUUUUACACCAUACAACAAUUUUUUUUGGGCCCUUGUCCUAUGUGGUUAUUCAAACUGUUUCAACUGACAUUUAAUUUUAUCAUGUGCUGAGGCCCACGUUCAGUAACCUUUUUUUAUUUUUUUUAUUUUUGGGUUCAGUACCUUUACUAAAGUGUGGUGUAUUAUUAGCUUAUUGUCCUGAUGAGAGGUAGUGUUUCAAGACCACUUUGUUCAAAACUUCAAAUCACGAUUAUUGCAAUUUCAGAUGACUUGAUUAAUGGCUUUUACUGUAAUUUCCUCUUGAAGAGUUUAAUAGAAUUAUGCUCCAUGUGUUAUAUGAGAAAAAUGUUGUUGAAUCCCACUUUUGAUCUAGGCUUGUUCUUUCAUAUAGGGAAAUAUAAUUGGAAUUAACACUAUAUGAUGGUAUAGCACACACAAUAUUCGCAACCACUUGAUGCUCAGGAUGUUUAUCCCUAACGGUUGACUUUGUCAUUGGGCACUAUCAUGUAACUGUUAGAUGUUUGGGAUACAGCUGAAACAAUCUAUCCUGACAAUAAAUUUCCUUUUUCGGCAAAAAUAUGAACUAUGUAGGCUGCAAAAUGCUUGAAACUGACUUGUUAAUUUUGCAUGUGGCGAUUGUCUAGGGCUUGAUUAGCUGUUACUUUUAGGAUGGUUUUAUAUACCUC